GCGCUUUUACGUUUGAAACGUGUUUUCCAUCCAUGUUAAGCAACAAUAACAUAAAUCACGAAUUUAUAUGUACACUGCAAAGUAAAAUUAAUACAAAAUUUGCGAUUUCGUGUUUCAUAUUUUGGAAAUAUUUGUUCCACAAACGGUCAAUAUGUAUGCCGCCGUGAAACCGCUUUCGAAAUAUUUGCAAUUGAAAUCAGUACGCAUAUAUGAUGUGGUAUUCACUUUGCACUCCAAAUGUACGGUUGUGAUUUUAUUAACUUGCACAUUUCUGCUAUCAGCAAAGCAAUAUUUCGGUGAGCCUAUACAAUGUCUGGGCGAUGACAAAUACGGUGAAUUUGUUAACUCAUAUUGCUGGACAUUGGGCACAUAUAUAUACAAUGUUUACGAUGUACAAGAUCGUAUACCACAUGGCAACAAAUUGUUAAAUACGCAGACUGGAGAAGCCUCUCCAUAUAUAGCAGAGGGAUUAAUCCCAGAGGUUUAUGGUGUAACAGAACGAGUGUAUUUGCGUUAUUACCAAUGGGUCAUUAUGUUGCUACUUUUGCAAUCGGUUUUCUUUUAUUUUCCAUCUUUCCUUUGGAAGAUGUGGGAAGGUCAACGACUAAAACAAUUGUGCUCCGAAGUUGGUGAUGCAUUGAUUCCCGAAAAUACUUACGUAGAACGUUUAAAAUUGUUAGUGAAAUACUUCUCAACCAACUACAAGGAAAUACACUUUUGUUAUAUGGUAAAAGGAUUAACAUGUGAAGUGCUAAAUUUUGUAAUUGGUAUUAUCAAUAUUUUGUUGCUUGACGUGUUUUUAAACGGAUUUUGGACAAAGUAUAUUGAAGCGCUUAUUGCCGUUCUACGUUAUGAUUGGGACAACUGGAAUCGAAUGAGCUCCCGAAUUUUUCCGAAAGUUGCUAAAUGCGACUACUUUGUGUUCGGACCAGGUGGUUCUCAAACCAAGCGCGACGUUCUUUGUAUUCUCCCACUGAAUAUAUUAAACGAGAAGAUUUUUGUUUUUUUAUGGUGCUGGUUCCUUAUUAUGGCAGUAAUCGCCGGUUUGAAUUUGCUGUACCGGCUAUUUUUGAUGUCCAGUAGAACUUUUCGGUUAAAAAUGAUAAGUACUCAGUUGCGUCCAAUGUCUACGACACAGGUACAGCUCGCUUUAGAGAACAUCAGCUUUGGUGACUGGUUUUUGCUAUUUAAAGUCAGUGUAAAUAUUAAUCCAAUGUUAUUUCGAGAUUUAAUUAACGAACUCUACAAGCAACAUAAAUUGAGUAAUAAUUUGUCUUCGGUGUAAGAACUCAUCUCACUAAAACUAACAUUGCAAAUAUUUGAGUAUGUACUCACUGAGUGUUCAUAAAAUAUUCCAUAUAAAAUUUUGAAAAUAAUUUUGGAUUCUUAAAGAAUAGAAAAAUCGGUUUAUUUUAAGUUCUAAUUGGUAGCAAAUAUUAAUUUGCUGUACACCCAAAAAAUAUAAAAGUGCCUUGUUAUUGAAUUACUUAUAAUCGUUUUUGAACUACUUGCUUGAUGCUAUUAUACAAAUAUGUAUAUUACAGUAUAAGAUUUUUCUUUAUGAAUUCUAGAUUUUUCUAUAGACGAUAGCAUCGUAUACA